AUGGAUGCCGGAGCAUCCCGGCCUGACGGCGAGCUGAUUCAUUCCGAGAAGCUCUGGUACGACGACGGCAACGUCGUGCUGGCAUCGGAAAGCGUUGGCUUCAAGGUCUAUCGCGGGCUGCUGGCCCAGCACUCCGCAGUGUUUGCGGACAUGUUCGCGGUUUGCGAUCACGAUACCAACAUCGAUCCACGUUACGGUUGUCCGCUCGUCUAUAUGCCGGAUCCAGCGGAGGAUCUGGAGCGCUUACUGUCGGCCAUAUUUCAUGGCACGGGCCUCGAAGAUCACGGACCGUUGCCCGAAACCAUCUCUAUUCUCUCGCUGUCGAUCAAGUACGACAUCAACCGUCUCCGUGAUCGUGCCAUGCGACGCUUUGAAGAUUAUUAUCCUGCCGAUUUUGAUUCAUACGUCUCGUCAAUACCCUCCUGCCAUCUAGACGGUUCGCCUGCAGACCAUGCCCGUGCUAUGGCGCUAGCACGGACGCUUGGGCUAUCUACCAUUGUCCCCGUGACUAUGCUCGCGCUGUGCGAGUACGGCAUCGAAGGCAUUCUGCAGGCCAAUCUGGAGCCCGAUGAUUUGCUUGUCACCUUGAGAGGUCACCAGAAGCUUCACACCAUACAGCGUACGUGCUCGCUCCGGUGGGCCUGCACCGGCUGCGAAGCCCCGAAGACGUGCGCAUACAUGCAAUGGACGUUGAGUAAGGUGUUGGAGGAUCAGUUCGAGAGUCGGGGGUUAGCAUAUUUACUCCGCGAUCGCUUGGCACCUCCGUUCGCUCCAUGCGAAACUUGCAUGGGAUGCUCCACCCCAAUUUGGGAGAACGAAGAGACGAAUCGUAGGAACGCAUGGGACUGCGUGCCAACGGUCUUCGGCUUCCGGUCAUGGGAAGAGUUACAACGCGAAGAAACCAUGGUUUGUCUGAACACUGGGCUUGCUAUUCUCUGA